AUGAGCACCAGCGGCCCGGCGGCUCCCGGGGACGGCCCCGCGCUGCCGCUCCCGCCGUGCCGCCCGCGCCCGGGCAGGGGCCCCGCACCGCCCGCGCCCGCCGCCGCGGCCCGGGACGCCAUGGACGGGCGCGCCGAGCUGCCCGCCUUUCCCCGCGCCGGAGCCCCGCCGCUCGCGGCCAGCGACACGGUGCCCGCGGUGCCCGAGGGAGCCGGAGCGGCCCGGCCCGCCGCGCCCCCGCGCCCCACUUCCUUUUCGGUGUUGGACAUCCUGGACCCCAACAAGUUCAACACGAGACGCCGCUGCGUGCCUGGGCCAGUGGCGCCCGCCGCGUGCGCCCCGUGCGCCCCGGCCCCCGCCGCCUCGGGACGCCCGCCGCGCACUGAGGAGCUGGAGCGCCGAGCGCUCGCCGCUACCGGGGGAGCCGGCGCCGCCGCGGGAGCCGAGCUGCCGAGUGCCGGCGACCCCUGCCAGGCGGACGAGGCUGAGGCCGACGGCUACUGCGGCGGCGACGGCCACAGCCCGAGCGCGGACAGCGGGGACGAGGCGCCGGACGCCGACGACGCCGACGACACCGAGGGCGUGGCGCCCGAGCGGGCACCGAGCAGAGCGCGGGGCGGCGGCGGCGGCCUCGGGGCCCGCGGGUCGGGCUCGGCCGAGGCCGAGGCGCUCGCUCCCGGCGCCGGCGACGAGGCGGCGGCCCCUGGACCCCGCGGGAGCUCGCCCGGAGCCCCGGGCCCGCCGGGGACUGGCGGCAGCGGGCGCGGCGCGCAGGGCGCAGCGGCCGCCAAGCCCAAGCGGAAGCGCACGGGCUCCGACUCCAAGUCCGGGAAGCCGCGGCGCGCGCGCACCGCCUUCACCUACGAGCAGCUCGUGGCGCUGGAGAACAAGUUCAAGGCCACGCGCUACUUGUCGGUGUGCGAGCGCCUCAACCUGGCGCUGUCUCUGAGCCUCACCGAGACGCAGGUCAAGAUCUGGUUCCAGAACCGCCGGACCAAGUGGAAGAAGCAGAACCCGGGUGCUGACACGAGCGCGCCGACCGGCGGCGGCGGGGGCGCGGGCCCAGGCGCGGGCCCCGGCGCGGGGCUGCCCGGCGGCCUCAGCCCGCUCAGCCCGUCGCCGCCCAUGGGCGCGCCGCUCGCCAUGCACGGCCCGGCCGGGUACCAGGCGCACGGCCCGGGCGGCCUCGUGUGCGCCGCGCAGCUACCCUUCCUGUCCAGCCCCGCCGUGCUCUCGCCCUUCGCUGGCUCGCAGACGUAUGGCGCGCCCGCCUUCUACGCGCCGCACCUCUGA